UCAUGGAGUCUGUGUUUGCCUACGCCAAGCCGUUAUCGUCUGGCUGUCCAACAGUUAUGACGUCACUGACCGUGCCCUCUUCAUGUUGCACGUUCGACGAGAACGACUGUGGAAUGAAAUAUGAGGGACAUAGUCAUCAAGAAUAUUAUAAGAAUUGUGACGGUAAAACGACGUGCAUUACGACGCCUGUUGCCUGGGUAGAGACGCCGAACUGCAGUAUUACUUCUUUCCUAGAACGGACUAACUACAUGGUGGCCUAUUUCUAUUGUUUGGCAGAAAACGACAUACAGACAAUCAGUGGCAAUACAAGUACAACAGACGCAGAAGUGUUUCUCUGGAACACUGGAUACCCGGAUGGCAAUAUGACACAAACGUCUUCGUACUCAUGCUCUGUGGCCGCUUCCUGUGUAUCGCAACUUCGCGUUCGUGCUCUUAAUUUUAUAUUGACCUCUGAAAACGGAGUAUGUGGCCAAUCAUUGACGAUAAAAGAUGGCGAAAACAGGACCUCCAUUGGCUGUGAAUCAAAUACGGACCUCAUACCGACUUACAUCUAUGACAGCGAGUCUUACUAUCUUGAAAUUGAGGCGAACAACACACUUGGCAUUAACGCUGGCAAAUUCUUCCUUCUGAUCACAGCUAUAGAUCCAUUAGCAAACUUGACUUUAGCCUGUGGAACGUCUAGAGGACAGGGUUAUAUAAAUAAAGCGAAUAUUCCUCAGUGCUCACCAACGACAACGCCAUUGAUCACAACGCCAGCAUCAACAUCACCACCACCAUCUACACAACCUUCAACACCAAUGCCAACCACAAUACCAACAACAGAUCAUGUCACAAGUCCAAGAAGCAGCACCCCUGGGACCGGUAAUACGCCAGCCGCCGGAAGUGGUACCGCCGGGGAGGAUUCAU